AUUCCUUGUAAGUACUACAUGGACAUAAGAAGGGAAUCGUUCUUCUAAACGAUGGACGUACAGCUGCCGUGAGGAGAGCGGAGCAUAACAAUUCAGUCAUGAUAUACAUGCGAAGAGUUGGUCCCCUUGUGCUACACAAGAGACAGAGAGACAAAAACAAAUUGAAAUUCGUUUUCAUGGUGGCUGCCCUCAUAAUAUCCGUAAGCCUUGUCCUCAAACUCCUGCAGAUGGAUCCUGAAUUAACAUUAUCAGAUUUAGUAGAAAGGUCAGUGGGGGGAGCAGCUUCUUACCAGUUGAAACCUGAUAAUCAUAAAGAUGAUGGUCCUAAAGGCAAAUGUGGUCUCCCAAAACCAUGUCCUGGAAAUGAUUAUACCUUUAAGAUUUACAGUGGUGCAACAAACAUCAUUGGACCACGAAUAUGCUUUGAGGGGAAAAUGAUAAUAGAGAAAGACACACAAGGAAACCGACGAGGAAUUAAUAUUGCUAUUAUCAAUGUUCUUGUUUACUUAUUAAUACAAAAUUCAGAAAAAACGGGUGAACACGUCAACACUGGCAGCUUCAAUAUGUGGAACGGAAAGGUUGAGGAGCUGAUAGAGUUUCUGAAGUCAAUCGAGAAUGGUUCUCUUGUGUUGAUUGCCACUUUUGAUGAUCCAGCCACAAAACUUAAUGAUGAAGCAAGGACACUCAUUGCAGAGCUUGGCAGUUCAUAUAUUUCCCAGUUGAAAUUCAGAGAUAACUGGGUCUUUGUGGGAGGGAAGAAAACCACAACCAAAAUCUCUUUUGAGCAGCACAUAAAGAAUGACAGGGAAACCAAUAAGUACGAAAGCUGGCCAGAAAUUAUCGAGUUGGAAGGUUGCAUACCUCGAAUAGACUGACUUUUCCUACAGUACAAUUUGUUCUGCUAAAUAAUGCUUUUUAAAUCAGGCACCAAGCUGAGCCACAAUGCAUUUCUGAUGUGUUACAUGAUACUUCGGACUGUCCUAAAUACAGAGUAAUUCAUUUUUGUCCAGAGGUUAUC